CAUAAAGCAAGCCCACCUCUCAAAAAAGAGCAAUAUGUACGUUACAGUAGCCAAUCAACAGCAAAGUAUACUGUAUACAUAAAGCAACCAAAAAACACAACACACACACCCAGAAAAAAAACAUUUUUUUAUACAUAUUGCUAUUCACAAAUUAUGCCCAAACCUCAACCUCCACAAACCUUUCCUUAAACCCAACUCCACCCAAAACGACAAGCAUCUACACACACAAACGCACACCAAAAUCAUCAUUAAUAAAAAUAAAUUAAAAAAAUGACAGGUAUUUUUCAACUGCCUUCGCCUUCAAGCUCCACUGUCGCACCUAAAGACAAUGAUGCCUUUCGCCAACAAACCUGCUUUCUAAAUCGCGGCUCCUUCGUUAAAUACAGCUCCUUGGAUCUAUACGGGGGAUCGAAUCAUCCAACGGCCAGAAAAGCUCGGCAAUCGGAGGCCGCGGAGUCAGAGGAGGAGGAAGGGUCUGUCCUCGCCGUGCUGGUGGCGGUUCUGAGGAAGUAUUCUCCGGCGGGGUGCAAUAGCAAGUGCGACGAAAUUUGCGGGGUCGAGGAGGAAUUAAUGGAAAUUGGGGUGCCCACGGAGGUCAGGCACGUGGCGCACGUGACGUUCGAUAGGUUUGAUGGGUUUCUCGGCCUGCCGGUGGAGUUUGAGCCCGAAGUGCCCAGGCGGCCUCCUAGUGCCAGCACGAGAGUCUUUGGAGUUUCAACAGAGUCCAUGCAACUUUCAUUCGAUUCAAGAGGGAAUUGUGUACCCACAAUAUUAUUGAUGAUGCAAAGGCGCUUAUAUGAACAAGGCGGCCUGCAGUAUGAAGGGAUUUUCAGAAUCAAUCCAGAGAAUGGCCAGGAAGAGCAUGUUAGAGAACAAUUGAAUAAUGGAGUUAUCCCACAUAACAUUGAUGUUCAUUGUUUGGCAGGCCUGAUUAAGGCCUGGUUUAGAGAGCUACCAAAUGGAAUAUUGGAUUCUCUGCCUCCAGAUCAGGUGAUGGCAGCUCAAACCGAAGAAGAAUGCGUUCUUCUCGUGAAGCUUUUGCCGCCAACCGAAGGCGCCCUGUUAGAUUGGGCCGUCAAUCUAAUGGCCGACGUUGCUCAGCUCGAGCAGUUCAAUAAAAUGAACGCGCGUAAUAUUGCCAUGGUUUUCGCCCCCAAUAUGACUCAGAUGGCUGAUCCUCUGACGGCGCUGAUGUUCGCCGUGCAAGUAAUGAAUUUUCUGAAAACGCUCAUAGAAAGAACCUUGCGAGAAAGGGAGGACUCUCUAAUCGAAGCUGGUGGUCCGGUGGGCCCCACGGACGGUCGAGAUGGAGAAAAUUACGAGGAGGGCGAAAUCGACAGGCCCGAAGAACCGGCGGCGUCGAGUCUGGCCCACGAAUUUUUGAGCUCGAUCGAGAACAUUGAUGCCGAAAAUGCCCCUGCCGUGGGGAGCGGAAAAGCCCGGCCGUCGAUUAGGCGGAGGGGUAAUAUCGGAAAAGACGCUAGGAAGAAAGGGUUGAGGAAAUACGGGGCACAACGCGUGGCUGGCAAAGGAAAAGAGAGUAAGGAAAUGGAAAAUAAGGAAAAGAGUGUCCUGAGGCGCGUGAGCUCGUGUACGGAUAGAGUCGAGACAUGGAGGUGAAUAAAGAUCAUGGUAUUGUGGGGCUAUGAAUACAUAGUAGUUAUAUAUAUAUGUUUAUAUAUGUUUGGCUGGUAACUGGAGAAUUUUACAUUCUGUUCAUGUUCUUUCUUUCNU